UGUGACAUUUCCGGUCUUUUAACGUCUCGGCAAAGUGUCGUUUGCCUCUCUCCUAUCGCGAUAAGUGUCAUGGCUUUUUUUGGAGCUACGUACCAGAAAAGCUAAACUCUGCAAGCUUUGAGAUAAGCUUCACACGAGAGACAUGAACGUACCUCUUACAAAAGGGGCGGUUGAAGCCCUGUGCAAAGGCUUAGAUGUGGACAAGCCCGUGCUGCAGCUGCUGAACAUCCGUCAGAUCAGUAAUGCCUCAAGCCCACCCAGGUUCCGACUUAUGAUGAGUGAUGGCCAGCACUCUCUGACUUCUUGCCUGCUUGCUACCCAGUUAAACUAUUUAUCUGAAGAGAACCUCCUGGUACCAAACUGUGUGUGUUUGUUGAAAAAGACCACCAACAACACUUUGGCUGAUGGCAGGCGUGUGGUUGUUGUUAUGGACAUGGAUAUAUUAAAGUCAGCAAAGGAAACUGGGGGGAAGAUUGGAAAUCCCACUCCUUAUAAUACAGAUGGUAAGACUUCAUCUCCACAGAAGGUGUCAUCAAGUACCUAUGUUCCAGAGUCCCCUCCGUCUGCUGCCGUGCCUGGACCCUCCUAUAGGAACUACAGCUCUCCCAGAGGCAGAGGAGGAAGUUUUACGGGAAAAACACCCAUGAAAGCUUCUCCCAUGAAGGCCUCAGCUAUUAAAGCAUCACCCAGUAAGGGCUUAACUAUGAAGGUUUCACCCAUGAAAGCUUCGCCCAUGAAGGCCAACAGCGCUUCUCCAGGUUCUUCAGCAAAAGUGAAUCCUAUUGCAAGCCUCAACCCCUACCAAAGCAAGUGGACUAUCAGAGCCAGAGUCACCAACAAGUCGAGCAUUCGCACGUGGAGUAACUCCAAAGGAGAGGGCAAGCUCUUCUCCUUUGAAAUAGUGGAUGAGAGUGGUGAAAUCAGGAUCACUGCUUUCAACAAGGAAGUGGACAAGUUUUUCUCUCUAGUGGAGCAAGGCAAGGUGUACUACAUCUCCAAAGCUACACUCAAGCCGGCCAACAAACAGUACACCACGCUGAAGAACGACUACGAGAUGACCCUCCACGCUCACUCAUCCAUCGUGCCAUGUGAUGACAAUCAGAGCAUCCCCACAGUGCACUGUGACUUUGUGCCCAUCGCAGAGCUGGAAAAUCGAGACAAAGAUGCUAUCAUUGAUGUGAUUGGAAUAUGUAAGAGUGCUGAGGAUGUAUCCCGUAUCACCACUAAGAACAGCAGAGAAGUCUCCAAGAGGGCUCUCAGCAUAAUCGACGAAACAGGCAAAGUCGUGACAGUCACACUGUGGGGCGAAGAGGCAGAAAAUUUUGAUGGCUCUACACAGCCAGUGGUUGCCAUCAAAGGAGCUCGAUUGUCUGAUUUUGGGGGAAGAUCUCUCUCUGCAUUGUUCAGUUCAACAGUCAUGGUCAACCCAGAUAUACCACAGGCCUUUAGACUGAGAGCCUGGUAUGACCGGGAAGGCUUUGCAGUCAACAGCCAGUCGCUGACAGAGACCAGGUCAGCAGGCACAGGAUUAAACAUGAACUGGAAAACACUGAGCGACAUUAAGAAUGAAGACAUGGGCCAUGGAGAGAAGGCACAGUAUUUCAGCUGCGUGGCGACAGUGCUGUACAUUCGUAAGGAGAAUUGUCUGUACCAAGCUUGUCCAUCUGCAGACUGCAACAAGAAGGUCAUCGACCAGCAGAACGGGCUGUACCGCUGCGAAAAGUGUAACAAAGAGUUCCCCAACUUUAAAUACAGGCUCUUACUUUCUGCCAACUUAGCUGACUUCGGGGAUAACCAGUGGGUGACGUGCUUCCAGGAGACAGCUGAGGCCCUUUUGGGUCACAGUGCAGAAACUCUCGGACAUCUCAGAGACACAGAUGAAGCUGCCUUCGAUGAAGUCUUCCAGAAAGCCAACUUCACAACUCACAUCUUUAAAAACAGAGUCAAGCUAGAGACCUACAACGAUGAGAGUCGAGUGAAGGUAACUGUAAUGGAAGUCCAGCCGGUCGACCACAGAGAAUACAGCCGGAGACUCCUGCAAAACAUCUACAAAUUGGCUAGAUGAACUCAGUCCCACCCAUUCAAAUGUCUGUCUGGUCAUUAAACGCAUCUUUCGCCAUUCUG